CCAAUUUCCAGAGAAAUCUUUGGUUGCCAACAAAUGCUGAAAAGCUAAUACGUUCUUCGAAGAUGGCUUUUUAAAAUAAACAAAUAAAAGCUAGAUCUAAUUCUGGAGCUGUCUGACUUGUCUCGUGUUUAUUUCGAGGACAUAUUGAUUGCCACCUUGUCUGUCCCAUUGAAAGCAGCAUAUUGUGACCGCAAAUUCAUUCACCCUCACACCGAAGCAACUAUGACCGGAAAAGCAAAAUACAACGUUAUUAUACUCACUUUCCUCUCUUAAAUUUAGCAUCUUCUAUUAUCUGACAUUAUAUUCCUAUUCCUUGAAGAUAUCAAACUAUAUAUUGAUACGUACCUACGUAUCGUUCCAAUUGCCUAUCACGUCUCCACCCACCCAUUCUCUAUCUGACUGGGUGUGCGUGGGGACGUGGGUCUACCAAGAUGAACAUGAAUGCCAAUGAGACAUUAUUUGAGGCAUUUACGUUUUUGAAUGCAUCGAAUCAUGACGAGACUUAUCAAGUUUGCAUCAAGACUCCACCAAAUAUAGUUUCUGAUGGUCUCUGGGGUGGCCAACAGAGUGGUCGAACCCCGAUGAGGUCUGCAUUGCCCAUUUUUGAAUUGCAGAUUAUUGUGAUUUUCGCAAUCACCCACAUCUGCCAUUUCUUCUUCAAUCGUUUGGGAUUGACUCUCUUUUUUUCACAAAUCAUGGCUGGUCUGAUUUUAGGGCCAUCAUUUGAGAUAGAGCCAUUGAACUUGAAUCGCUACAGGGAGAUGUUGUUUCCAUUCGGAAGUCAAGGUGUGCUUGCAGGAGUAACAUCAAUGGGAUAUGCAUUCUUCACAUUCAUAACAUCUGUACAGAUGGAUUUUAGCAUGAUCACAAGAACAGGGAACAGAGUUUGGAGCAUUGCCUUGAUAGGAUUGGUGGCACCUGUGAUGGCUGGUCUUUCAUGCUUGUCAUUGUUCUCUGAACCGCUAAAGAAUGCUUUGGGACCGCAUUUCGGGGACCUUAAGGUUGCUGUGUUAUCACACAGUAUAACUUCAUUUCCUGUGGUUGCUUGCCUCCUCAAUGACCUUAAAAUCAUAAACUCUGAAUUGGGAAGGCUGGCAUUGACCACAGCGUUGGUGAGUGAUAUAAUAGGCUUAACUGUAGUAAGUCUUGGAAGUGCCAUGGAACAAAGGAUUGACGGUAAAUUGGAUUUCCUCGGCUUGACAUUAUUUUUUGCCUUCGUUAUCCUCAUUCCAUUAGUAUCCAGACCAGUCAUGUUUUGGAUCAUUAAACGUACACCACAAGGAAGACCUGUGAAGGAUCAUUACAUAUUUGCCAUCAUUGGAAUGGUCCUGGCUCUUGGUUGGAUUUCACUAAUGUUGCACCAACAGUUCGUCCUUGGACCUUUCAUCUUUGGAUUGUCUGUCCCAGAAGGGCCUCCAUUGGGCUCUGCCUUGGUUAAGAAGCUUCAACUGUUUGGCAUGUGGUUCCUUUUGCCAAUCUUUGUGACUACUUGUGCGAUUAAGGUCGAUUUUUCAUUGGACUACACACUGACAGUAGUUUUAACUAUUGUUGCCUUCAUCAUUCUGACCCAUUUUGUCAAAGCAUUAGCCUAUUUGCUACUUUCACUUUGUUGCAAGAUGCCCUUACGUGAUGGAUUGACCAUUGCCCUCAUUAUGAACUGUAAGGGGGUAGUGGAAAUAUUCUUGUACCACAAUGUAUAUGAUGAAAAGGUUUUGAGUGGCCAAGCUUAUGGAGUCUUGAUGGCGUCUGUACCAAUCUUAGCAAGCAUUACGCAAAUGUCUGUGAAAUACUUGUAUGAUCCAGCAAGAAAAUACACUGGCUAUCAGAAAAGGAACAUCAUGAGUCUGAGAUCCGGCUCUGAGCUGAGAAUGGUCGCUUGCAUUCAUAAAGCAUCCCACAUAUCUCCUAUCACUGAUUUUCUUGAUCUCUGUUGUCCAACAGAAGACAGUCCUAUCACUGUGGAUGCCUUGCAUCUAAUUGAACUAGUUGGGAGGUCAUUGCCCGUUUUUGUCCCACAUCGUCUUCAAAAGCCAGUCUCAGGUUCACUCAAAUCUUACUCGGACAAGGUCAUUCUAGCUUUUGAUCUUUACGAACGUGAAACAGUAGGUGCAUCAAUAAACACUUACACGGUAAUCUCUUCACAUAACCUCAUGCAUGAAGAUGUUUGUAUACUGGCUUUAGACAAACUUGCAUCCAUGAUAAUCCUUCCAUUCCAUCGAAGAUGGUCCGUUGAUGGCAUGAUCGAGUCUGAUGACAAGAACAUAAGAUCAACAAAUUUGAAGCUCCUGGAAAGAGCUCCCUGCUCGGUUGGAAUCCUCGUUGGUCGUGCUCCCCAUCCAAAAGAUUCCUUAUUAAGGGUAGCCAUGGUGUUCCUGGGAGGGGAUGAUGAUAGAGAGGCCUUGUGCUUAGCCAAAAGAGCAGCUAGGGAUCCGAGGGUCAACCUUGUUGUGUACCACCUUGUUGGCGACGACGACUCAGGAACAUCAAACUUGGAAAACAUCCUUGACAGAUCGGUGCUGAAAGAUGUCAAGCAAGAUUAUUCCGGUUUGAGCAAUGUAACAUACAGAGAGAUUUCUUCUAAUGAUGGGACUCAAACAUCAUCUUUUAUUCGUGAGAUAGUAAAUGGGCAUGACUUUUUUAUAGUUGGGAGAAGGCAUGAGAUCAACACGCCUCAAACAUUUGGGCUUGCACAAUGGAGUGAAUUUCCUGAGUUAGGUUCCAUUGGCGAUUUGCUUGCUUCAUCAGAUUAUGGGGGCAGAGCUUCUGUGUUUGUGGUGCAACAGCAAGUCUCCAAUACUAAAAUUACGUGGAAGUUUUAGUUGCCACUUGCCAGUACAGAGGGAGAAAGAGAAAGGAUGCACAUUCAUUUUGUUUUUGUUUUUCUUUGAUUUUUUUGCUGCAGCUUCCUACUAAUAAGUGGUAAUGCAUCGAAUAGAGUAUCAUGAGUACUCGCUUUUGUUCAGCCAUUUAUUUCCCCUAAGGUCAAUUGCCCAUUCUCAUUAUGUUUAGCAUGCUUGUGCUGGCGAGUCUUUUUUUUUUUAAUGCUUUUAUUUUUGGAAAUAGGGGCACAUA